ACUGAAUCAGGUGUUGCAAUCAUUUGCGAGAACAAUUUCACAUUUGCGGUGAUGAUUUGCCACUUUAUUUACAAAUUUAUUAACCACGUUGUCACUUGUCAGCCAGUUAGCACAAUAUUAUCAUUUUCCUAAGUUCCAUUCGCGAUUUCACGGUUUUAUUGGCAGUGUUAUCAUUUUUAAAUCGUUUUGCACUUAAUUAUAAUAUUGUGUGCGAUCCAGCAGGAACAAUGGCCCGCACUAAGAAUCCCCCAAAGUCCCGUCAGAAUCCCCGUCAGGUGCAGAAUCAAGCCUCCGCGCAUUCGGGUGGAAAUCGUAACGACCAGCCUGCGCGAGGGAAACGCUCUCACCCACCCGCUGCCCGCAUGUCUGCCCCGGGAAAUCCCAACUUUAACACGGGCCGACGACGUGGACCAGGACGUUCGCCGCCAUCCUCGCCGUCGUCUUCGCCGCCGCCUCCGCCACCGGACCACGCGCCUGCUACCGGUUGGAGGGCGGAUAUCCGGAAAUAUCAAAAUUCCACCGAACUGCUCAUCCCCAAACUGCCGUUCCAGCGUUUGGUCAAGGAAAUCGCUCAUACAUUCGGUGUGAUUUAUCGUUUUCAGUCCGCGGCUUUACUGGCUUUACAAGAGGGAACUGAAGCGUAUUUAGUGGGCCUGUUGGAGGACUGCACUCUGGCUGCUGUGCAUGACAAACGUGUGACAAUUAUGCCGAAAGAUAUGCAGCUGGUGCGCCGUCUUCGCGGAGAGCGUUUAGGUUGAAUAAUUCUGGACUGGACCGAUGACGAAGCAAAAUUACGCAUGGUUUCAGUGGUGAAUUUCUGGUAUGAUUUUUCCUACGUUAAACGUGCAGUUUUGUUGACUGUAUCGGUUGUACAUGUAAUAUGUUCUAAAGGUGUGCAAUUCCGUUUUGGAGUUUUAUAGUUUAUACUUUAUGCCGUUGAAGUGCGUUUCAGUUCCUAGUCGUUGCUCAUUGGCAAGUCUUUCCUAAAAUUCGCGGUUCAAGCUAUUCUGAUUACAUUAUUAUGAAGCCGCCAUUUGGGACCAUUACGUAUACAGUGCGCAAAAAUGUCCCAUUAAAG